AUGUCUUGGAAUGAUAAGGUUCGCAUGCUCGUCAAUCGUAUGGGUAAUCGGUGGGCCAUUUCUCCGAAUUCAGACAUCUUUCCCCCUGGUCAACAAAUACAUAAAGAAUGUUUAAAAAAUUUAGAAAAUAUUAUUUAUAACCUAAAUGGAAUAUAUACAAAUGAAUUGCUCGAAGAGACACAAAAGAAGCAAGAAGAACUUGCGCGGAUUGCAAGGGAAAAACAAGAAAAGAGGCAGAGAGAAUAUGAUGAGAUUAAAAGAAAAGAAGGUAAAGCAAUAGCAGAAGCAGAAUACUCAAAAAAGAAGGCAGAAGAUGAUGAAAUUGCACGUAUUGAAAAUGAAAAACAGCUUAAAAUACUUGAGAAUAAAUUGUCAGAACUUCAAAAAAAACUUGAUGAUACAAGUUCAAGUAGUGGAGGUUGUUUCUGGCUUGAAACUAGAGUUAAGCUUGAAACAGGAAGAAUCAUUCGAAUGUCAGAACUUCAAGUAGGAGAUCGAGUGUUGUCAAACAUCAGAAAUGGUAUUGAAGAGUUUUCAGAUGUUUACCUUAUCGCUCACAUUGGUAAACUCGAUUAUGAAGAAAAAUUUACCAAGAUAAGCUUCACCAAACCAAACGGCUAUAAAGGAUUAUUCUAA